UGCAAUAUUUGAAAAAAAUAUAAUAAAAUAAACAAAACAAAAUUGUGUGAAAAACAAUAUUUUCCAAGGACACAAAAUCAGUUAAGAAGCAACUGGCGCAGGACUCCGGGCGACCUAGUCGCAAGCAGAUCAAGUUUCCAGUUAGGGACAUGCCAACCAUGACACGGAUGCAUCGCCACUCCAGCUCCAGCGCCGUGGUAGAGGAGUCACGCGGACGACGUCGCCCCGUUGCCGGACUUCCGGGCGAUGCCAACAAGGAGAAUUUUGGUGUUCACUUCAUGAGCAGUCCCUUUGGCAAUGCCAGCCUAAUUGCUCUACAGGAUCUAAGCAAUGUCCAUGGCAAAAGUCCGCAGCGUAGAAGCUUCAGCGAGGGUAGUGGUCCGCGUCAGGCCACGCCCCAGCUGGCGGCUCUCCGCUGCCUGCCCCAGCGUUCCACGGCUCUCGAGGAUUCGCAGCUAUCCUCCUCCCGCAUGGGUGAUACCACACUGGACAGGAUGCUGGAUGCCAUCAUAGAGUCGGCCCGAAAGGAGGUGCGCUGUAAGGUGGUUCCGCCCAGUACUAGUACUAAUACUCUUCUGGCGGACACUGGUGCCGGCGGCGAGUGGAGCGAGACGAGUGUCCACGAGAUGGAGGUGCGCACACCCACGCAUCUGAAGAGGCAGCGAGUGGUGCGCCGAAAGAAUCCCCACAAGACCACAGCGCCCAAGCUGGAUAAGCUAGAGCUGAAGAAGCAUAUGGAGCUGGAGCAGCAUUUGGAGCAGCAGCUGGAGCAUGUGCCCAGCACCAAGCGUUGCCUAAGUUUCUCUUCCAGCUCUGGCUCGGGAAACUCCAGCGACGAGGAGGAGCAGGAGGAGGUCGAGCAGCAGGUGGCCAAGCGGAGCAGUAGUCGUGGCAGCUCCACUUCCAGUUCCAGUGGCAGUGGGUCGGACAGUAGCAGCAGGGGCAGCAUCGAUCUGAGCAUCGUCUACGAUACCAAGGAGCAGCGACUAAAUGUACAUGUGAUUCGUUGCCGGGACCUGCAGCGUUCCCAUGGCAGUGGCUGCAUCAAUGCCUAUGUAAAGGUGUCUGUGUCCGGCCAGGGCCAAGGACACUCAUCAUCGUCGGCGGGCGGCUAUCAGCGCACUGCCGUCCAUCGUCACUCGGGUCGUCCCUACUUCGAUCAGCGUUUCAGUUUUCCGGUUGUUAACGGCUCUGGCGAUGGCGAGCAUCUUCAGCUGGCUGUGUGGCAUCGGGAUCGCCAUUUAAAACGCAGCGAGUUCCUGGGCUGCAGCAACUUUCCCCUAAGCGAGCUAGUGCACCCAGAGGCGGCCACCACGGCGGGAUCCUACAAGUUGCUCUCGCAGCCAUGUCCACCCAACAAUAUCAACAACAACAACAACAAUAAUAAUAAUAAUAAUAAUCAUCGCCAGCAGAGCCAUACGAAAGCCCCAGGCCAGGAUCAUCAUCGUCAUAGAGCAGAGCAAGUAACGGAGCAGGAGCAGGAGCAGGAACAGGAGCAGGAAUCCUUAGAGAUGGCAGCGGCUGCCACUGUAACCUUGACGCCACAGAAAACGGCCAAUGGAUCGGGCGUGGGCGUGGGUGUGGGAGCCACGACAACGUCACUACCUCUCAACGACGAGGUCAUCAGCAUCAGCAUCGAUAGCAUGGGCCGGGAGGAUCCAUUGAUGCCACAACAGCCCCAGCAGCCCAUGAGGCUGAGCAAGAAGGCGCUGCAUCAGCGCGAUGCCGAUGAGAAUCUAUUCCUGCGCUUCCUAGAGCUGGAUCCGCCGGCGGAUGGCAAUGCCAAUAGCACAACCAAUGCCAAUUCAGGAUCUGCAGCGGGAACGGGAGCCACGGCGACCAAGGCCAAUGAGAGUAAUGCCAAUCAUUUGAAUGGAUCAACAGCCAGCGGGAGACGUCAGUCCACUAUGCCAGGAGGAGGAGGAGGAGGAUCUGGCAGCCGGCAAACAGGACGCACGCCCUUCACGAUGACCAAACGGCUGACAAGGACAGAGGAACGAGGUUUUGGCUUCUCCAUUGUGUGGACACAUCCACCGCGAGUGGAGAAGGUGGAGGCUGGUCUCUCCGCAGACCGAUGCGGCAUCCUGCCCGGCGACUAUGUGAUCUUCGUGGACAAGCACAAUGUGGUCACGAUGCCCGAGGCUGAUGUUCUGAACUUGAUACGAUCGCAGGGCUCGGCCUUGACGUUGGAGAUUUUCAGAAGGUCAGGCGCGGGCGCCACCACCAUCAUCACGAACCUGGGUGGCUCCAAUGCAAACGUUAGCAGCAGCACCGCCACCAGCAAUACCCGCCAUCAGAUGCCAGGCAUGGGAGUGGGCGUGGGUGUGGGUCUAGGACUGGGUAGUGAGGAGCAUACCACAGCAACGACAACUACGGGAACGGGAACGGGCACCGCCUUGAUAAGCCUGCAAAGAACAGCUAGUUCCCGAAUUCAAGGCUCCGCACAGAUGGGCAACAGCCUAAGCCGACCGGCCACCGCCUGCUCUGGAACAACCUCAUCGAUUGAGGCUGCCAAGCGGAGGCUACACCUGCCACAGGUCACCUUCAGCAAGGAGUCCAUUGUGCCCAUCACGGAUAACCGGCGGCGCUUUCUCCUUCAACUGAUUAGCCGCGAGCAAAACUUCACGGCGGCCCUGCACUUUGGAGUACAGCGAUUCGUGCAGCCUUUGCUGGAGCGAAAGGACCUCAUCUCGCCGAAUGACCACCGCACCCUGUUCCAGAACAUUGACGAGCUGCUGCGCAUUGCGGAAGACAUCCUCGAGCAGCUGUGCAGCAGCCAGGAUCAGCAGCAACAGCAACCGGACCAGGAGCCGCACAUGAACUUCGCCUCGCGGGUGUAUCUCUCCAAGACGACAGCGAUUUGUGCGGCUUACAAGAAAUAUUGCAAUGGAAUCAAGCGGGCGGACUGCGUCCUGGUCAACAAAUCGCGGCAGACGGGGUCCGAGUUCAUUGCCUUCAUCACAGAACCGGCUGUGCCGCGUAAGCGUCCCGAUCUCACCAUGUUUAUCCAUCGACCGUUGCAGCAUUUCCGGGAAAUUCUCAAGCUGAUGCAGCUGCUCGCUGGCAAUUGCCAUGUGGAUACCGAGGAGCACAAGAACUUUAGCACGGUGAUUGCUGAACUGCAGGCAGCCUACCGGGAGAUCACAGUGAGCAGUGGCCUCAUGGAGCCCCUGGGCGAAGGAAGGCCGCUGCUCACGCUUCAGGAUUUGGAAUCACGGAUGGUGUUCACCAAGUGCAAGCCCUUUACCCUGGCUGUACAGGGUCGCCAGUGGAUAUUCGGUGGGGAUCUGUCCCGCGUCGAGGGGCGAUCCGUGAAGCCCUAUUGGACGCUGCUUUUUAGCGAUAUUAUUGUCUUUGCCAAGGUCAGCCGGGACCGGGUACUGUUCAUCACCGAGGAGCCCAUACCAAUAGCCAAUGUGGUCGACUCCUGCUUUCACAUGCGCAAGAAGACCACCGAGUUCCGUCUAACUGUGGAUCCCAAUGGACGUUUGGCCGAGAGUCCAACCGGGUACUGUGCCCCCGAUCUCACCCGAACGCCGAAGCGAGGAGCACGCCGCAAAAGUCUUAUCCUGCGAGCGCCCUCCCUGGAGCUCAAGGCCGUCUGGCAGAACCUGUUGCAGCGACAGAUAUUUUUGGUCAAUGCCGCUUUGGGCUCAACCCCGUUGUCCAGUCCGUUGGACUCGCCGGAUGUUCUUAAUACUUUGGUGCCACUGAGCGACAUUGGACUGACCUCCGCCUCAAUGGGUUCAAUGAAGCUGCCGUCGCUGGACAGCAUCCAUCUGAAGCAGCAGCAGAAACAGCAGCGCGGCCCUAACUCCUCCCAUGGAGUCGGAGGAGGAGCCACCACUGAUCGUUCCUCCCAUGGCCAUUCCCAUAGCAACAGCGCCGGUGGUCCUAGUGGCCAUGUGGAGCAGAUCGAACUCCUCAUUGACGAAAAGUGCCGCAUCCUCAACAAGACAGGCACUCCCAAGUCCAGUGCCCUGCACUUGGCCAACUGGAUGAAGGGUCAGUUGGACAAGCAGCAGCAACAGGCUCGCCUGGCGGCCAUUGCCAGGUCCCAGGAGAACGUCAGUGCCGAAGAUGAGCAGCUAAUCUUCAAUAGCGACAGCGAGCAGGAUGAAAGGAUCACCUAUUGGACGCGACAGCAGCUGGAGAAGCGCACCAAGGAGCUCAAUUUGGCCAAAGAGAAUGGUGGACUCUCGGCCAAGCCCAAUUUUGGAGGCAAGCGACUGAGCGGCGUCGAGGAGCUAAGCAUGAGUGCCACCUCGGAUAUAUAUUCCACAUCGGAUGCGGAGGCGGUGACUAGUGUGAUAAGUCAGUCGCACAGCACCACCUCGGAUAGCCAGAUCACCGUACGCUCUAGCCCCAUUGUGCUGGACAAGCUGGCCGUGUGCCGGCAUUGCCACAAGAAUUGCCAGCAGAGCGGGCCGGGGGGCAAUAACCGAGGUACAGGCACACCUGGCGGUGCUACCAGCUCGAAUCCCGUCCUGCUCUGCAACUCCCUGAAGGUGCAGCAUAGCCAGUCCUCGCCCAAUCGCUGUUGCAAACUCAAUGGCACACUCUCCUCGGAUGGCCUGGCAUUGGAGAUGGGUUUGAGAACAGGCACUACCACAACAACUGCUGGUGCCGGCAGCAUGACCAGCAUGUCCAGCAGCAGCACCACCACCACCACCACCAUCACCGGAGAGCUAUCCUCCAAGAGGGUGGCCGGAAGCAGCAGCACACGCCGGGAGACCGGCGACACCGAAAGCGAUGUGGCCCAACUGAUCACCGAUGAACUGUCCCUGUCCCAAUCAGAGGCCACCGAUGACAGCGUCGGCGCCAUGCCCAACAGCAGCAGCCUCAGUGCCGGCGAGGUUAACAGCUCCAAGCUACGUCAUCUAGAUCAGUCUGUUUUUCUCCCUGCCUCCCUGCCCAAUGGCCAUUGCUCUAAAUCCAACUCCAACUCGGUUUCUGGCUCGCCCAAGCCAUUGCCUCCGCCGCGAAGAACACGUAUUGUGGCCCAAUUGUGCCAGGAGCCCAGCAGACCCAAGGCCAAUCAGCAGGUCAAGGCCAUUGUGACCAUCACAGAGACGGCUAGGAUAAUGAGGAGUGUGGAAAGAAGUCCCUCGAAAUCAGUGGGUGGAGGAGGAGCAGCAAUAGGAGGAGGAUCACCCGCCAAAUAUGCCGCCUGCCAUUGUCGUUGCCAGCCGGAGGACUUUACCCAUGCCCAGCUAUCGCCAGACAAAAUGGAGCACCAGACCUGCAAGCUGCUAGAGUCACCCAAGCAGACCACCAGCACGAGCACCAUUGAGCAGCAGAAGCAAGAGGAUGAGCAGUUGUCUCUGAUGCUCAUUGGCCUGGCACAGUUUGCGCCGGCGGCCAGGUUGUGUGGUGGAGGAGCACAUCAAGCACACAAGCCAAGUCCAAGAGAGGAUGAUACACCCACGAUAGCCGUAGUGCCGCCCACUCCAGAUGCUGUGCUCACCAAAACCAGCACUCAUGUGUGGGACAACAGUGGUUGCUCCUCCUCAAAUGGAGGAGGAACCACCACAACCACCAGCACAGCCACCACCACCACCAAGCAGCCCAGGCAGGCCACCAUUGAGAAUAUACCCGAGGAUUCUUGCGAUGAAUCACCGCUGGACGAAGAGCCACCCUACAGACCCAUGAGUAGUGCCCUCCGGCGUUUUGGCACCAUGUCCAGUUUGGAGAAGCUACCCUCCGAUGAUCGCAUGGACGAGGCUGAUGAGCUGGACGAUGACCUAGAGGAGCCCGUCUCCUAUACGCCGAACGGUCACGAUGAAGACAAUGAGGAGGAUGGGGACGGGGACGACGAUGAGGAGGUGGGCUCGGAUAAGGCUUUGGCCCAGAAUCUCAAUGAACCAUCCACCUCGGCGGGCAUGCAUCUGGUUAAUGGGGAUGUCCUGGCCAGUGGGGCGUGGACAAAUCGUGCUGGGGCCUAUGUCACUGACAAAAUGUCCUUUUUCGAGGAAUCGCGAGCCUUUAUAGACAAGUAUCUGGGUCGCUGGAAUGCCGGAGAUGCCCAGCUGCAGCAGGGAGGUGGAGGUGGAGGAGGAACCGCCUCCGAAACGGACGAGCAGAUGGACGAGUGCACCUCGGGAGCUACCAGCGGGGAGGAGGUAUGGGGCACGCCCACCAGUGGAGGGGAUAAUGAUGACCAGGACCUGCAGCUGAUCAACUCGGAGAACACACACUCGUCACCCACCAAGUCGAGCACCUCGCUCAACGAUGACGAUGACACCGAACUGAUGAUGGACGAACUGCUGAUGGCCCCACCCAUGACGGCCAGCACGAUCCGAGGACUAUUGCCACGACGUCGCCUUGAGCCCCUGUUCGAGGAAGAGACGGAGAGCGACGAAGAGAAGACGCAGCAGGAUAGCGACGACGUCAAAAAGGGGGAAGCAACGACCAAUGGCCACUACCUAGAGGAUUCGGCUGGAAGUUCAGACGACAGCGAGGCAGCUGCAGCAGUCCCCCCACCACAGCCACCAGCUCCACCAGCGGUGGUGCCGGAUCGGGAGGAGGAUCCAGCGGAGUUGAAGUUGGAGCAGGAGGAGCAGAAGGAACAGGAAGAGUACUUGAACUCGAGACAGGUUGUGCCAGCGCAGAAGGAGAAGGAAAAGGUGGAAUCGAAUGUAAUGAUGGGGCCACGACCAUUGGUCACCACACGUCUACUACCCACCACGGCCAUCGUUUCGGAAGUGGCGCCAUUGGUGGCCUCAUCCUGCGAGUAUCUGCUCGAUCAGCGCCCCUCGAGCGGAUCGAAAGGGUCACCAGGACGCGAUCGGGUCGCCUCUAUCACAAUGAAAAACACGACGCCAUUGCCACCUACUCGGGCGAUGCCAGUAGCGAUGACUAUCGGUACAGGGACAGAAAUCGAGAAGUGGAUGACAUCGAGGACGACGACGACAAUGACGACGACGACGACAGCGACGAUGACCGUAACGGCGACGACGACGACAUCGAUGACGAUGGCGAGUCGAGCUCCCUCAUCGAUUAUUACAACAACCAGCAGCGGGAGCGUCACUACCAACUCCGGAGGCAGAGCCAGCGGCAAGCCGCCGAGAUUUGUACCGCCGCCGCCGCCACCUCGUCGCUUGCUGCUCACCCAGACCGAUCUAAGCGCUGCUCCGGCCAAAACGGAGCCACCUCGAAGAAAAUCUGGCGCUAUUGCUGACAAUGGCUCCUCGGGGGCUGUCGGCGUCGCCGCCAACGCUUCGGUCCCAAUCGGUAUCGGGUCAAGGAUAAUGCCAGCAUCGGCACCGAAUACCAUCAGCUCCAAGCGAGUACCGUCCUCAACGAUAAUCGAGACCUGCCUGCUGGGGGCACCCAGGCCCGUCUCAGUCACUUCAUUAGCAACAGUCUCGAGGAUAGCAAAAACGAUUCCCACAGCCGAAUCCCAGCGGGAGAGGAGAUCUCAGGUGCCAGAGGAGGAGGAGGAGGAGCAGGGGGAACAGGAGCAGGAGCCGAGCCACAGCCCAGCUGCAGUGGAGCCAGACGCAGCCGGUCCACGUUCGGUGGCCGGUGUCCAAGCGCCCCACGCUGGCUGCGGCCUAAGUCCAAGGCUGGAAAUGCGACUGGCCCUCAAUCACGACAUUCUCGGGGACGAGGACUUGAUCUGCUACGAGCCUGGUCCCGAUCUAACAACUAUUCUGGGGCACGACCUCUCCACAUUUCAUCGUCUGACGGGUCGCGAUUUAUUGAGUCGUUCAGCCACGAACCGAGUGCAGCCAAAAGAGGCUGUCAUAUCGUACUCUCAACAUCGCAACUCAAAGAUGGACACACCGACGGUGAACCGACGGCCUCGACCCCUUUCAGCGGGCGCGGCCUUGAGUCACAGUCGCAGUCGCAGUCACAGCAACACCAACAGCAGCAGUCACGGCAGUCCACUCGCCGCUGGUGGGUCAAUCCGUGCAGCCGGCGAAGAGCUGCCGCAGCCACGACAUCCGCAUCAGCCGGGACAUCCGCCGGCGGGUUGGAGCGGUGGUGGAUCUGUGGGUCGAGCCGGAGGCAACGCGAACGGAAGCGGCGGCGAAGGGAGCAUCGGCUCCAAAUCCAACAGAGACGGGAGCAAAUUAGGAGAUCUGGAAAUCUUAGCGAGACGCGAGAAGAUAUACUCCAUGUCUCAAUCGAGGAGUGGCUGUCGAGUCAGGGAGACAUCCACAAUGUCCACGACUCUGGUGGCGAUGGCUUCGGAGAUGCGUACGGAGAUGGAGGCGAUGGGGACACCGAUGGUGGAUUCAACGAGACGCGACUCUUCCUGGCCGACCCGAGCAGCUGCAGCAGCCUCUCUGACGAGGACGAGGAGUACUACUUCGAUGGACGGAGCGGGAGCCAUCACUACAACCACAACAAUGACUGAGGCGUUCCUUGAGACCGAUAUAGGCAGGUCCAAAAGAUUAAUAAACUUCAUAAAGCGUCGCAACUCUGAGAUAACCGCCAGUAGCACCAACAGCAGCAGCACUCCCAACUUCUCUGACGGCGCCGUCCAGCUCGGCGAUCAGCAGCCCCAUCCGAGCCACAGCCAGAGCAGCCUGCUGCUCCAGAAGCUGCCGUCGGCUUCGGGCCAGGACACGGCGGCGGAGAUGGCACAGAUGUCGCCCCGCAAGGAUAACGACAAGCCAUCACUUAACCGCCGCCUGUGGAAGCAGAUCACCAAACGCCGACGCACCAACUCCGUGUCCCAGAUAGUCGCAGGCUAGGGGAAUCCCCGGAAAAAGCACUCUCCAAGCAUCCACUUUCUAACCUCCUCCUUGGAAGCACAUUCACACCCCUUCACUUACUGUGUUCUAGGGGUAGAAUUUUAGUUAAGCAUCUCUUAAGCCCUAAUAUCAGCUUCGGAUCAGCUAUGGGCCAUGACCGAUAACGAUAACGAAUAACGGGAUAUUUGCAUGACGGGACAGGCUCUUCGAUAGGCCGUCCCAGGUAAAAAUCAAGAAAGAGAGAGAGAAACACUUGAGAGGAAUCGGAAGAAAACUUUUAGUAGUACGUUAAGUUUUUUGAUACGACUUUGUAGCUAGCGAAUCCCCCGGAUCGCAACGAUCACGGGCAAGCUCUAGGCGUCCAAUUGCGUCCAACAUGAAAACAGAUAAAACGAUAGAUCGACAGGUCGAUAUAAAUCGAUAAGGAUAUCGAAUCGAUUCUCCUGCCAAGGAAGCAAGCAAACGAGCCAGUCAAAGCCAAAAAUAUGUAACAGACAACGAAUGGCAAUUACUUAUGUAGUUGGGAAUCUAAGCAGAGAGAGGCAUCCAACACACAACACACACACACACACUUGACACAACAAACAAGCACUCGGAAUCCGAAUCCAGCCAAAAAGAAAAUAUUAAUAAUAAUAUUAAAUAAUGACUUAGGACUUAGGGGGCGUUCCGUACACUGACUACAUAUUUUUUUAGAGACAAAGUCGACAUUCGUUAUUACAUGUAUGUCUUGUAGCUUUUAGCCAUUUCGGGUUUAUGUUGCGCGGGAUUAAACAGUGUGAAAUUGCCUUACGUAUCCAAUGAACUAUUGUAUGGGUAGCUUAACGUAGUUGUCUUUAUACAUAACAUUUACUACUACAACAUUUACACUAACAUUUACAUUAACAAUUAAAAUUAACGGCCACAGCCUCAGAGCAGUUAGUAGUAGAGUCAAGCCAGAGAGUCAGAGUCGAAGUUGGAGUCAGAGUCUGUUUGUCGGUAGACGUAAUACAAUUUUUAGUACUUAAAUUCCACGUUUUUUCUCAACUAUUUACAAGCGAAACUUUUGCAUCAGUUAGAUCUUAUAUAUACAUCAAAUAUAUAUAUACAUAUAUAUAUAUAUAUAUAUAGGGAAUCUUGGUAGUUCAUUUCACAUUGAAAUUGUAAUUGAAAUUGAAAUUGAAAUUGAAAUUGAAAUAAAGGAAAGCAACACACAAAUUUGUUUGUUUUGAAGCUAAUAACAAAUUAUACGAAUUAAUAACAAACGAUCAAGUACAUUUAUCAGCUUUAAUAGAAAUUCUAAUAUAUAUACAUGGAUCUAAAUAGUUCUAGUUGUAGUUAUAUAAUUGACAUAUACGAAUUACUUUUGAAUAGUGAUCGCCGAUCGGGGUUAUUAGGCAUUUAACACUCACACACCACUCACACUCACGAGCCAGUCGUUGUCUCUAGCACCGUUUACAACCACGUGAGAAAGAGAGAUGAUACCCUGUAAAUGCCCAGAGUCCAUUGAUUUUCUCUUUUUUUUUUUUUUUUUUUUUGGGGUAUUUUUAGCAGAGUAGUACGAUUACGAUUACGUAUGAAUUUUCCUCUUGAAAUUCAAUAAGAAAUUCAAUUAUAAAAAAAAACAA